UGAAACAGUCGAUAAGUUUUGGACGAGUCCAAAAUAAAACCAACUUGGGUCCCCUUCAUCCGAAAAAAAACGAUUCCUAUAACUUCGACCUCUAUCGGCAUCAGUCUGCAUGUGUAAAUAGUUCUCAACAUUCAGUAGAAUGGAUGAUAUGGAUGUUGGAUUAGCAGAAUUGACUGGGGCAUCCGUUAGUGGCUUAACAGAACAAGACAGAUAUGUGCUGGCAGAUCUAUAUGCUAUGAUCAUUUCUGGGUCAGAUAGCAGCAUUCAGUUUUUGGAGCAGCAUUCUUCAUACCUGGAAUAUGACAUUACCAUGGAGCACACCCUUAGCUGUAGCUGUGGGCGAUUUUUCGAGCAGCACCCAACGUCCAUAGAUGACACAGUGAACGAGAAUCUAGAACGCAUGCUCAGGCAGAUUCGCACAGGCCUGUGCCGGUGCCUUCAGAACAAUCCAGACCCAGACACCAAUGAUGCACGUACACAACGCAACCCACGGAUUGCCAAGAAGACUCUGUUACAUGGAGCAGUUGCAGCAGGCCACCUGAAUAUUGCACAGUUUUUGCUAGCUCAUGGGUGUUCUGUCAACAAGGGUACAAACAUCUACAACUAUACUCCACUGUUUCUGGCUAUUUGCACCAACCGGGUUGAUAUUGUCACAGCACUUUUGGCAGACCCCAACAUCAAUGUCAACACCCAGUCAAAGGCAGAGUUGGUAACCCCUCUUAUGGAGGCCAUGUUUACUCGAAAGAUGCACUUUGUUGAUCAACUUCUUGCUGUGCCAUCACUGGAUUUAAAUAUUCGAAACUUUAGGCAGGAAGCUGCAGUUAUCAUUGCUGCAAGAAUGGGUCAUGAAAAACUCCUGGAGCGAAUUCUUCAAGCAGGCGCUUACCCAGAUGCACAAGACAGUCGGGGUCACACUGGUCUCAUGUUUGCAGUCAGUUAUGGUGACAAAAACAUUACCAGGAUGCUCCUUAAGUAUGGAGCCAGCUUAAACCUGCGCAGCAACAUGGGAGAAACUCCACUCCUCAUGGCUGUGAGCAAUGGCAGCUAUGCAGUCACAGAGAUACUUCUGGAUGCAGGUGCCAACCCUGAUGAUGUUUCUGACGAUGGCUUUCCAGCAAUAAUGCUUGCAGCAUAUUCAGACUACAGCAGCAUACUUCGUUUGCUCCUGGAAAGAGGGGCCAAUGUGCACCAGGCCAACACACAGGACUACUCAGCUGUUCAUGUGGCUGCUUGGAAUGGCCUUAUGAAAUGCCUGCACAUCCUGUUGCAGUCAGGGGCCCACCCAGAUGCCCAGACUCGAGACCGCAAUACUCCACUUUCCCUGGCUGCCCAUGGCAACCACCAUCUUAUUGUAAACAUUCUGCUGCAGAGAGGCUGCAAUGUAAACAAUGCAGACAAAGACUUAGACACUGCUCUUCACUAUGCAGCCUUCAAUGGCAAUCAGGAAAUUGUGGAGGAACUGCUAGAGCAUGGAGCAGAUCCGGAUGUCCACAACCGCCUUAAUGUAUCCCCACUAUGGAAUGCAGUCUAUCGCCAGCAUCAUGGGGUCAUCCGAGAGCUACUGAAGCAGAAUGUUACUCUUAACGAUGCCAGUGUGGGUAUAGAGCAGCAUGCACAAGCCAUAGAUGUUGUGACAGUUUUUGAUACCCCUCGUACACCCAUGUGGGUAGCUGCCAAUGGGGGAGAUCAGGAAACGGUGUUUCUGCUGCUGACAGCAGGCUAUGAUGUCACCAGGGAGACCUGGAUUGGCUCUGGUCACUUUCCUGGGAAGUCAAAUGAAGAUGAGAAUUUGAAAAAUAUUCUCUCCUUCCACCACAAAACACCUAUGCGUCUUCUUUCCCUCUGCCGAAACUUCUUCCGCAAGCAGGGAGGUCGACAGAUUCAUGACUUGGUUCGGAGACUUGAAAUUCCACGGUUUCUCAGGAACUAUAUCACACUGACAGACAUGAUGUAAGACAUUUAUUUGAAAUCUUUAUUUGAAAAACAAACUGCAUUUGAGACUACAACCAUAAUCUAAAACAGUAAGUUACGUAAUUUUUUAAAGGGUAAAAUUUAUUUAUAUAUUAAGGCAUGCCUACAUGUGCUUAAUCCCUGAAUCUGUGAUGUUGGACUGCUGUAAAUUUUAUGCUGAUAUCAGCAACAUGAUAUUUUACUGAGGAGUGAGGGUAGGAGCACAUGUAUACCGACCGCAUUUGCACAUUGUUUCCAUCUUUGCCAUACUUUAUUGCUGAGUGUGCCAUUUCCCAGUCUUAAAAGUUUAACUUAAUAUGUAUUUAAAGGUUUUGCAUGACCUCAUGUGAAUCAAAUGAAUCAAAUGAUGGUCAUACACAAUCUUUCACAAACAUUUGCACAAAUUUUGCCAACUCUUACAAAUCUGUUUCCUGAAAUCUUUUCCCACUUCUUAUGAUUGCCUUGCCAGUCAUAACUGGCUCUUAAAUUUUCCCUCCCCCCAUCCCCCCAAUGCGUUGCUCAUAUUACAUUAGCAAUGUCCUUGCAUGCAACUGGGCUCAAACAAAUAAAAUGAAAAAGGUUUAAGUAAAAGGCACAUUUAAAGCAGAUGUUGAGUGGGUCAAAUAUACCCUGCCUUCUUUUUGGCUGGUCAUUGGUUGCUUCUCUCCAGGCAAUCAGCAGUGUAUGUUCUGUUAACUAUCCAGUUUUUUUCUUUAAAAAGGAAAAAGUCUUUUUAUAAAUGCCUUUAUCUAAAAAAAAAAAAAAGAAAUAAAUGAUCCCUUUUCACAACA